CACACCAAGCCAAAACCAACUCAUUGGCUUCAAGCUCCUGUGUUCCCUCCCUCCCUCUCUAUAGUUUCUCUCUCUUACAAAUCAAAUCCAUGCAUUGGAUACCCACUUGUUCAUCAUCCUCUUAAAUUUUGUUCUGUUUCUCUCUCUGAGUGAAGAAUAAUUGCCACCCACUUCUUUCUUUUGUUGCUUCCUUUGUUCCAUUCAUGGCUACUGACACCAGAAUUUUCCCAGACCAAAACAUUAACAACACCAAAAACAGUGAGAUAAACAGAGUGGAAAUCCAAGCAGCCAUUGCCAAAGCUGUGGAGCUUAGAGCUCUUCAUGCUGCUUUAGUUCAAGGAAGCAGCCCCGCAAAUCUUAGGUUCCCUUCUUCUGCUUCUCCAGCUAAAUCACGCCAUGCUUCUCACUUCUCUGCUCAGGACUACCCUGUUUUCACUCCUAGUUACGAAGACGAGCCAACAUCCGGGUACCUUCAAAAUCCGAUGAAGAACAGAACGUUAUCCGAAAGUUGGAAUGAUUAUGGGAUAGAAGAAAAUGGGGAUGAAUCUGUUGUGUCAAAUUACAAGGAAAACUCAUCUUCAAGAAAAGGGUUUCCUUCUGAUUUAUCCAACUUUGAAUCCCACAUUUGCCCAGCUGAAGAUAACAAAUCUGUCACCAGCUCAUGUGCAAACAACAUCACUGUACUUCAAACAUCACCAGGUACUGAGUACUUCAGGUCAAAUAGGAGAAACAGUUUGGGAGAUUUCAACUCAAUCUCAUCUUGUAAUAGAUGCAAGCCUGCAACUAUAACCAGUGAACCCGAAAACACAACCUGGAACAGCAGAAAUUCUAACAUUGUUGUGCCAUUAACAGAUUCUCAUGUAUCCACUACGCAAUCACAACCAAAGAGUAGGGGAGUGAUGUCUUGGUUGUUUCCGCGGUUAAAGAAGAAGCACAAGAAUGGAAGCUCUCCAACUCGGACAGAAUCCGAAGAAGUUUCUCAAGUCUACAAGGAUUUUGGGAUAACGUCAGUGGAGGUAUUGAAGAAAGAGCUCAUACAAGCAAAUGAGAAUAGAGACUCUGCAUUAAAGGAGGUGUCUGAGAUGAGAUCUUCGCUUGGAGAACUGAAGCAGAAGCUGGAGUACUUGGAAACUUACUGUGAAGAGCUGAAGAAGGCUUUAAGACAAGCAACACAUGCAAAUAAGAAUUUCCAAAUGCCAGAAAUUAUUGGCAAUCUCCCUAACAGACCAGGAAAAUCAAGUAAUGGAAUUGCAGAAAACUUGAUGCCGGUAAGCGAGGAAGUAAUGGUAGAAGGUUUCCUGCAGAUAGUAUCCGAAGCAAGACUUUCUGCAAGACAAUUCUGCAAAAUUCUUGUAGCACAAAUUGAACUUACAGAUAACACCUUGGUAGAUAAUUUGAACGUGCUCCUCCAACCAUUCAAACUGUCAUUAAAUUCCAAGUAUUCGAAAGCUGUGUCAUACCACUUGGAAGCCAUCAUAAACCAGUCACUCUAUCAAGACUUUGAGAACUGUGUGUUCCAGAAGCAUGGCUCACCUAAGCUUCUAGAUCCUCAACAAGCCCGCCAAGCACAGUUUUCUUCAUUUGUGGCACUAAGAAACUUAAGCUGGAAUGAAGUGUUGAGGAAGGGAACAAAGUAUUACUGUGAGGAGUUCAGCAAGUUCUGCGAUCAGAAGAUGAGUUGCAUCAUUACAACACUAAAUUGGACUAGAUCAUGGCCCGAGCAAGUUCUUCAAGCAUUCUUUGUAGCUACCAAAUGCAUUUGGUUGCUUCAUUUGCUGGCAUUUUCAUUCUAUCCGCCGUUGGGGAUUUUGAGGGUGGAAGAGAAUAGGAGCUUUGAUCCACACUACAUGGAAGACAUGUUUAUAGAUAGGCAGAGAUCACAUGGUUCAAGCAGGGUUAAAAUUAUGGUCAUGCCAGGGUUUUAUGUUCAGGAUAGGGUUUUAAGGUGCAAGGUUCUUUGCAGGUAUAAGUCUGCAGGCGCAAAUUGACUUCUACUUUUCCCCCCAUUCUCUUUCCAAUUUCUUUAU